GGAACUUAAUUUUUUACACUAACAUGGAUGCAGAACAAAGGAAGCGAAUUACUUCGAAUAUAACAUUUCUGAAAGAACGUUUGGGAUAUCUGGAUCCCAUUCUUGAUCGUCUUGUUGAGAAAAAUGUUUUGACAAUGGAACAAAGAGAAAGGAUUGAAAAGGUCCAGCCGCCAACACCACAUAAAAAAUUCAACGAGUUCAUACAGUUUCUGUUGGCUUCUCCGGGACCCGGAACGUUUCCGGCAUUUAUCGCGUCCUUAGAAGAGGAGCGGUUCUUCAACAUCGUGGAAAAACUACAAAAAGAUGUUCCUGGAAGGAAAACAACUGUAGCACGUGACUCCUACGUCAGACCCCAGACUAGCGUCUCCCGUCCUACAACAGCCGUACUAACGCAACAGACCACUGAAACAAAUAGUGCGGUUCCAGAAAAAGUUUCGAGAUCGAAGACCACGAUAUACAGACAACCAGCAUACCAUCUUGUUGACGAUGACUCGGAUACGAUCCAGUCUGAAUCACCAGCUCCACAGAGCCCUUCUCCAAUCAGUCGACCAAAGACAUCAACAAAUCACGAUCCUCAUUAUGGAGGCGCAAAAAUCGCAGACAGGGUAACUGUUGCCGUGGGACACAUGUUUGCAGAGUUCAGUGGUAAACUGACCAAUGAUCUUUUAGACGGGUUCGAGAGGAGACGCCACGAGGAAAGGAUCGACUUAGAAAUUCGAAUCGAGAAGAAAAUUGAUCACGUCAUCGACAAACGUGUCGACGAAAAACUGGCAACAUUCAAGCAAGAAUGGGAGCAAGAAAAAGCAAACUAUUUACAAGGAAAUCAGAAGGCUUUGAAUGCUCUCUCUGAAAGUAUUGAAAGUCUACAGGCAUACCAAGAGGAAUACCUCCAGCUGAAGCAAAAAUACGAGCAGCUACAACAUACCCACUCUCAGAUGCGCGAGAAAGAAAACGAGAGAUGGCAAAAGUUGUCCGUCUUGAAUAAAGAUAACAACACAUUGAAGAACGAGGGAGAAGUCUUACGUGGACAGAUAAUUGAGCUCAGAGAUCGGGUACAGGAACUGGAGAGUGACAACAGAGUCCUCAAGGACAACGAGAUCCAGGAUCAAUGCAAGAUCAACCAACUGGUGGCGGACAAAGAGGACCUUCUGGCCGAGCUGGAGAGAACCGAGCGCGAGAAGAUGGAUCUUAAGAUGCGAGUGGACACUCUCUCCCGUGAGAUCGAGAAAUUAUUGAACAGCCAACAGGAGCGUGCCAGUCAAGAGGACAAAGCAUACCAAGACGCUCUGCGUAAACAAAAUGACCGACUGGAUGAACUGUACAAGGUCGUUCAAGCUCUUUCCGAUCGGGAUCGGCAAACCAGAAAUCUGUUUAUCGGUGGUUCCACAAUGUCGAAGGCGAUCAGAACUUCUGCUAGACCAAACAAAUAAAAACGGUUAAAUAAGUUCGGGACUCCGCGUGGAAAGUGUAAAAAGAAGCCACUAUCGUCAUUUGUUUGGAUAAAUACCAUAAAGAGAAUUUAAUAUUUUAUGUAUUAAAAUAGAAUUUUUGAAAUGGCGUUGUUGAAUAAGUAGCAACAUUGAGAACUGCAUGCUAA